GCGCACGGGCCGCUCCGUCAGAGCCGCGCUGGCGCCGCGCGGGGCGGUGUGCGCGGCAUGCAGCGGGACGUGGGCAGCCUGCCGCUGAGCCCCGCGCUGCGCGCCCGCCUGCUGGCCGCCGGCUUCCAAACAGCGCAGGAGCUGCUGGAGACCGGUCCGUGCGGGUUGAGCAAAGAAAUUGGGAUCUCCAAAGAAGAGGCGCUGGAAGCAUUACAGGUUGUCAGGCAGGAAUGUGCUGGUGAUGCAGCAAAGGCGGCUGGGGGGUCAGGCAGCACCAGGAAGUGCACAGCUCUGGAACUUCUGGAAGAAGAACAAGCACAGGGCUUCAUCAUCACCUUUUGUUCAGCACUGGACAACAUUCUGGGAGGUGGUGUGCAACUGACAAAAAUUACUGAGAUCUGUGGAGCACCUGGUGUUGGGAAAACACAACUAUGUAUGCAGUUGGCAGUGGACGUCCAGAUCCCGGAAUGCUUUGGGGGUGUAGCUGGGGAAGCAGUGUUCAUUGAUACUGAAGGCAGUUUUAUGGUAGACAGAGCAGCAGAUAUUGCAACUGCCUGCGUGCGGCAUUGCCAGCUUAUUGCUGAAGCUCAUCAAGAAGAUGAUCAUCUAAAAGCUUUGGAGACUUUUUCUCUUGAAAGUAUCCUUUCUCACAUAUAUUACUUCCGUUGCCGUGACUACAUAGAGCUUCUAGCACAGGUCUAUCUGCUCCCAGACUUUCUUUCAGAACACUCAAAGGUCCGACUGGUGGUAAUUGAUGGAAUUGCAUUUCCCUUUCGCCAUGACUUUGAGGACCUCUCACUUCGAACACGGCUUUUGAAUGGUCUGGCACAGCAGCUGAUCAUCAUAGCAAAUGAUCAUAAAUCAGCGGUUGUUCUGACAAACCAAAUGACAACAAGGUUUGGACAAAACCAGUCCGUGUUGGUACCUGCGUUAGGAGAAAGCUGGGGACAUGCUGCUACCGUGCGUUUAAUCUUUCACUGGGACAACACUCAGAGGUUGGCAACAUUGUACAAAUCACCGAGUCAGAAGGAGUCAACCAUACCAUAUAACAUUACACCUCAGGGCUUCCGAGAUGUGCAGCCUCCACCUGUCACCCAAAAUGCAGAAGGUACUGAAAUGAACCCUCGCAAACGGCCACGGAGAGAAGAGGAAAAACAAUAGUGAUUCAAAAGAACCAUUACAAAAAGCUUGCUGCAUGGGAACAACCAUGGAGAGAGCAUGCAGCCAGAGGCUGCCUGAGAGGUUCUUUAAAUUCCUACUCUGGACUUUAUUUUAUUGUUAAAACUAUAAUAUGAAAUUUUUUCUGGCAGAAAAAUUAUCUGUGU